CCUCUCACUUUUGAAAGGAUCUCGUGAAAUAAAAGUGCAGAAGGCAACCCCGGGCGAUCACAGCAGCAGCAGCAGCAGCAACAGGAGGAGGAGGCGGAGGCGGAGGAGGAGCAGGCAAAGUUGGAGUUGGGGCGGGCGCUCGCCAGUCGCUGGACUCCGCGCAGCUCCAUUCAUUAAGUCCCCAGCUGCGGAGGGAGGUGGCCGGGCGCCCGCGCUGCCCGCUAGCUCGCGCACCCAGACGCGCGCCGGCCCCGCGGGCCCGGAGCAAGCGCGGCUCUGCAGAAGUUUCUGCUCGGGAUUUGGCGCUGUUCCCCGUGGACUUUCGAGCGACUCGGGGUUGAGAGACCAGAGCAGAGGCGCGCAGCGGGAGCAGAAGGCGCCGCCUGCAGCUGGAAGCAGGCAGCCGGGGCUGCGUUCUCCUCGCCGCGCCCGGAGCCCGGGCCGACCCGCCGCUCUGCGGAGCAGCCUCGGCUGGGAGGCGACCGUAGCGCCUGGGUGUGUGGCUCGGCUGUCGUGCCGGGCGUCUUCGCGGGGCAGGAGGCUCGCGCCGCUGCCAGCGCCAUGCAAAACUACAAAUACGACAAGGCGAUCGUCCCGGAGAGCAAGAACGGCGGCAGCCCGGCGCUCAACAACAACCCGCGGAAGAGCGGCAGCAAGCGGGCGCUGCUCGUCUGCCUCGACCUCUUCUGCCUCUUCAUGGCGAGCCUGCCCUUCCUUAUCAUCGAGACGAGCACCAUCAAGCCGUACCACCGAGGGUUUUACUGUAAUGACAACAGCAUCAAGUACCCACUGAAAACCGGGGAGACAAUAAACGAUGCUGUGCUCUGCGCUGUGGGGAUCGUCAUCGCCAUCCUUGCGAUCAUCACAGGGGAAUUCUACCGGAUCUAUUACCUGAAGGAGAAGUCCCGGUCGACGAUUCAGAAUCCCUAUGUGGCAGCCCUCUAUAAGCAAGUGGGUUGCUUCCUCUUCGGCUGUGCCAUCAGCCAGUCUUUCACAGACAUUGCCAAAGUGUCCAUCGGCCGCCUGCGUCCUCACUUCUUGAGUGUCUGCAACCCUGAUUUCAACCUGAUCAACUGCUCCGAUGGCUACAUUCAGAACUACAAAUGCAGAGGCGAUGACAGCAAAGUCCAGGAGGCUAGGAAGUCCUUCUUCUCUGGCCACGCCUCCUUCUCCAUGUACACCAUGCUGUAUUUGGUGCUCUACCUGCAGGCCCGCUUCACCUGGCGAGGUGCCCGCCUGCUCCGGCCCCUCCUGCAGUUCACUUUGAUCAUGAUGGCCUUCUACACAGGACUGUCCCGCGUGUCGGACCACAAACACCAUCCCAGCGAUGUCCUGGCGGGAUUUGCCCAAGGAGCCCUGGUGGCCUGCUGUGUGGUUUUCUUCGUGUCCGAUCUCUUCAAGACUAAGACGUCACUCUCCCUGCCUCCUCCUGCCAUCCGGAAGGAGAUCCUUUCACCUGUGGACAUUAUCGACAGGAACAACCACCACAACAUGGUGUAGGCGCCGCCUUCGUGAAGUGACUGCUGACAGCAAGUUCUUGCUGCUCUCCAAUCUCAUCAGACAGUAGAAUGUAGGGAAAAACUUUUGCCCGACCGAUUUUUUUUUUUUUUUUUUAAAGAAAAAAAAGAAAAAUUUGACUUUGUGGCCUUCCGAAAUAGGUAGUGCUCACCUAUAUGGAAACAAUGACAAACUAACAGCAGGUGCCGGCGUCCUGGAUGUGCCAUUAGUGGAAGUGUCCAUGUUAUAGUGGACAUGGGCUUGUUCAGGGACAAACACUAAGAUAAUCUGAGAGGAGGCUGCUGGUCACCUUUUGUGGCCCAAGGAGCCCCAGGCCUGUGAGAACAGCACAAAUUCAUGUUGUAGCACACGGUGCCAGGAAUAGCACUGAAUCAAGAAAAUAGCCAUUGGGGGGAGGGGUUCCCAUUUUGCGUCUCCCUGUCCAUCCCACCCCAUUCUCUACUGUGACUUUGGUUCAGAAAGUUUUGUUUUGCGUUUUUAUUUUUUUUAAUAUACGCAAAGAGCAAGUUUGCUCAUGUGAUCAGAUCCCAACUCCAGAUGGGGAGUCCUAAGGCCUUCUCACCUCCUCACCCUUAGGCCGACAGCCACAGUCCCUCACUUUAGUGAUUAGGAGACUCUUUGUGGAUGAGUGAACUUCACAAAUAGCACAAUUUCAGGAGCAAUCAGGGCACAAGCCCUCUUUUGUCUUCUUUGGAUGCAUCAUCCUGUGACGGUGACAUGCCAGUUGCAGGAUGGUGAUGUGUGCACACCAAUCACCGGCCACUCACACGCUCUUACUGACGGUUAGACCCGGGUUCCUGCUUUCUCCCUUGACAUCCUUGCUGGGUGCCUGCUGGGAUUUCCUGUGAGGGUCCGAGGAUGAGCAAAGGCAUGGUCUUGCCACUGGCUGAUGGAAAGCAGCCUUCUGUACAACAGAUGGGAGAGAGAAGGGGGCAGAAUGAAAAAAAGAUGAACCAACCUUUUGGCUUCUCCAAGUCAGAAGGAGCCAAGGGUAGCGGUGGUGGUCUCACACUUGAGAGGCUACCCUUCCAGGUCACAGAGCUGAGGGUCUUGGUGGGAGCUGCUCUUGUGAAGCUGCGUAAAGCACUAUUGUCUUGGGGUCGACCCCUAGGGCAGUUCUUGGUAGGUUCUGCUGGGCAGAACCCAGGGGUUAAAUCUCCCUAGAGAGUUUCCUCAUCCUCUACCCCUAAGUGUCCUUCAAGCGAGGUCCCCUGUAGGCAGCAGACAGGGAUCCCUUCUACUGAAGCUUUGAGGAAAGGAGGAAGGAAGAAGUACUUUUAGAGGUUGGGUACAAACCUUUCAAAGGGCUACAUGUAACCACAUGGAUCAACCACAUGCACACCCUCACUGCAGAAUCCGUCCUUUCAUUUCAACUUAUAGCAAGCUAUGAUUUUUAUAUAUAAAUAUUAUAUAAAUAAUGUAUAAAACAUUAAAAGUUAACUAUGUAAAAUAUUAUUUCUGAAACAAUUUUAGCUAUAUCCACUAUGAUAAACCGUGUUUCGACCCUGUGUUAUUUACAUUAGCUGCUUAAAAAAGCAUCGAGUUCAUUGUUGUUGUUGUUUUUUUUUUUAAUAUCAACUAAAAUGUAGUUCUGUGGUAGACCUUGUUUUAUAACGGAAGAAAUAACUGCGACUACAGAAAACUGUAUAAAAACAUUAAAUUUGUCAGUAUUUUUGUAAGGUUCCAUUUUGUAAAGAGAAUAAUAUUCAAAGACUUUUGUAGCAUACAAAGUGAAAACUUGUAUCUGCGAGGCUAUACUUGUAUUAAAUGUGCUUUUUAAAUAAAAGCUCAUAACACAACUAA